GUACUUUUGACAAUAUAUAUAAGAGGGCCAGUGCUUUGCACAAAUAAAAAUGCACAGCCUCAAACUGGCUAAGAACAAUAUUAAUGUCUAUUGAUAGAGAUGAAGGUAGAAGAGAGUACCGAGAAUGAAGUGCAGUCGGAGUCCAGUACUGUGAUGAGAGAAAAGAAAGCAAUAUAUCUGGUAUGGGAAGAAGUAACGGCAGUGGUGGCUAAGAACUUAGGAAAAGGUGCAACUAGGAAGUUGCUAAAUCGGCAAAGUGGUUAUGCUUUACCAGAUCGGAUCAUGGCUAUUAUGGGUCCUUCUGGCUCAGGAAAAUCCACCUUGCUUGAUGCAUUAGCCGGGAGGCUGUCUUCAAAUGUAAUAAUGUCAGGCAAUGUUUUGUUGAAUGGGAAGCAGAGAAAGAUCGGCAACGGAAGUAUUUCUUAUACUACUCAAGAAGAUUUCCUCUUCGGAACCCUUACUGUCAAGGAAACUCUCACGUACUCUGCUCAUUUGAGGCUACCUAGUGCAAUGACCAAAGAUGAAAUCAAUUCUGUAAUAGAAGACACAAUCAUGAAGAUGGGACUUCAGGAUUGUGCUGACAAUAAGGUUGGGAACUGGCAUUUGAGAGGCUUAAGCGGUGGCGAAAAGAGGCGGCUAAGCAUUAGUCUUGAAAUAUUAACACAGCCUUAUGUCUUGUUUCUUGAUGAACCCACCAGUGGACUAGAUAGUGCUUCAGCAUUAUUUGUCAUUCAAGCUCUAAAGAAUAUUGCUCUUGAUGGAAGAAUAGUUGUUUGCUCUAUUCACCAACCAAGUAGUUAUAUCUUUGAUAUGUUUGAUGACUUGUGCCUCCUCUCAAGUGGAGAGACUAUCUAUUUUGGAGAAGCAAAGCUAGCUGUUAAGUUCUUUGCUGAAGCAGGAUUUCCUUGUCCGACAAGAAGAAAUCCUUCAGAUCACUUCCUUCGAUGUAUAAAUUCAGACUUUGACAAGAUGGCCUCAACUCUGCUGCGAUCGCUGAGAGAUUCUGCAAUCUCAGUGCCAUCAAAUUUCGAAACAAGUUAUACUACAGAAGACAUCAAAGCAAAGCUUAUUGAAAAAUACAGGAGUUCUGAGUAUUCCAUACACACAAGAAAAAAAAUCCGACAAAUUGCACUCAUUAAUGAAGAGCUUAUGAGUGGAUUGAUUGAGAGCAGAAAUAAUUGGUGGAAGCAGCUCUACACACUGAGUAUUCGUUCUUUCGUGAAUAUGAUUAGAGACUUGGGGUAUUUUUGGGUACGGACCUUAUUCUAUAUUCUAAUAUCACUAGGUGCUGGAAUUAUGUACUUUGAUAUUGGCUUGUCAAACUCGGCAUUCGUCACAAGAGCAAAAUGCUACGCAUACGUCUAUGACUUCUUGAUUUGCUUGUCUGUUGGAGGGUUACCCUCUUUUUUAGAAGAAUGGAAGGUAGCGUACCAUGAAUUACUCAACGGGCACUAUGGAGAGGCUGUGUUUAUGCUUUCUAACUUCUUCGCAUCAUUCAUUUUCUUAGUGAUAAUGUCUCUUUCUUCUGGUACAAUUGUAUUUUACAUGGUGAAAUUUCAUCUGGGAUUUUCCCACUAUUGCUAUCUCUGUAUGAAUCUCUUCUUCUGCUUUGCCAUUAUGGAAAGUGUGGCAAUGAUUGUUGCGCUGCUCGUCCCGAACUUUCUGAUGGGUAUAGGAGUUUCAGCUUUUGCAGUUAUGCUUUUGUCGUUGGCAUCUGGACUCUAUAGGCCACUGUCUGAUCUUCCCAAGUUCUUUUGGCGCUACCCAAUGGCCUAUAUCAGUUUCACUUCAUGGGCUGUUCAGGGUCAAUACAAAAAUGACAUGCUUGGACUUGAGUUCGAACCUUUCGUUCAAGGAGAGCCUAAAAUCCAAGGCAAGCAAAUCCUUCAUGAUUUUUUUGGUGUUCGUGUGAACUAUUCGAAGUGGUGGGAUUUGGCUGCUCUCUUGCUGUUGUUGCUUUGUCACAAACUAUUAUUUUUAUCAAUACUAAAAUACAAACAGAGAUUAGUGUUGCUGCUGAGAAGGUUUUGUGCGAAAAGAACUUUGAAAGCCCUUGCCUUGAGACCUUCGUUCAGGAAGGAAAAAUAUGGCUCCUCAAGGAGAAACCAACCUCUCCAUCCAUUAUCUGCUCAAGAGGGUCUUGCAUCUCCUUUGUCUUAGCUUGUAUACAUGUCUUCAAGAUUUUAUUUUAGUUGUGUUUACUAGUGGCACUUGCUGAAGCUAGCUCAACUGAAUUAUUAA